UCCCCCCCCCCCCCCCGCGGGCCGGUGUGGUGGGGGCGGGGGCGGGGCCUGGCGGCGCUGCGGGCGGGCGGGAGGAUGGACCCGGUGCUGCUCGCCGUGGCCGCCGCGCUCCUCGCCGUCCUCCUCAUCUUCGUCCCCCGCCUCCGGGGCCAGGCGAGGGCAGCUGAUGAGGAACACCAGCAAAAUGUGGCGGCGGCAGCAGCAGUGGCCAGACCUCGGCCCCAAACUGAGGAACGAGGGGAUGGGAUGCCCAGGCGACGAAGGAACAUGGGAAAUCGGAUGAUGGCCCAGAGGAGAGCACAGCAGGCGGAAGACUGGGCCGAAGAAGAAGAUGAUGGUGAAGAGGUGCCAGAAUUUCAGGUGUCUGGGAAAAUCGGAGCAAAGAAACAGAGGAAAUUAGAAGAGAAACAAGCCAGAAAAGCGCAGAGAGAGGCUGAAGAAGCAGAGCGAGAAGAACGGAAAAAACUUGAGUCAAAGAGAGAGGAGGAAAGGCGGAAAGAAGAGGAGAGAAUACGUCUUGAAGAAGAACGACAGGAAGAGGAAAAAAAGAAGGCAAAGGAAGAAGAGGAGAAGAGAGAGUAUGAAGAGUACCUGAAGCUGAAGGAGAGUUUCGUAGUUGAAGAGGAAGGAGUUGAAGAAUCAAUGACAGAGGAAGAGUCUCGUAGCUUUCUAAUGGAAUUUCUCGAAUAUGUCAAGAAAGCGAAAGUAAUUCAGCUGGAGGACUUGGCUUCUCAUUUGGGUUUAAGAACACAGGAUGCAAUUAACAGAAUCCAGGACUUGAUGGCAGAUGGCACUUUAACAGGUGUGAUUGAUGACAGAGGAAAGUUCAUCUAUAUCACUCCGGAGGAGAUGGCUGCAGUGGCUCGGUUUAUCAAACAGAGAGGACGGGUCUCCAUUGCAGAACUGGCCCAAGCCAGCAAUUCCCUGAUCAACCUCCAGCCUGACAGCGGAGCUGUCGCUCAGACAGUGGCAUGAAAGUGCAGCUUGAAAACACAGCAGGAGUUUAACCUGAUAGUGAAUAAGCCACAUAAUUAAAAACAAACAAAAAACCCUCCAAUCCAUUCACAGUUAUUUCAGAUAAGACACUUUUUUAAGCAUUAGCUGCAAGACUUUGCUGAAGUUUUGCUUUUGAUUCUGUCAGAUAGUUGAUAUAAAGUUGGACUGUCAUUUCUACAAUAGAUGCUAGUCAAGAACUUGGGGCUCAACCAUUCUGCUGCAGCUGUACCCCAGAAAUCUGAGUAGUUUGUACCUGGUUACUUUUUUAUCUUGGCAGUUAGUCCCAUGUGAACAUACCAAACUUCUCAUUGUUUCCAGGUUCCUGUGUCAAUAUCAAAUACAUUUGGUCUUGAUUGCACCCAGGAUUCUCCAGGCUUGCUCUGAACAUGCUGAGCUGUAUAAUUUUGUGGCAAUGAUGAAUACAGCCUGGAACAAUAGGUCUGUGGGGAUGAGGCUUGCAGAUUUUGUCUUCUGCAUCAACAUUGGAAGGGCAUAGAAAAAAAAGUUGUUCUUACUGAAAUGAUGAAACUUUCUGGGGUGCAUGCUAUGUUGUUAGAACUUCAAAAAGUGAUUUCAGAAAGCUUUUGCCAUAUAAAUACUUGUUUGGUUUGAUUUGUAUAAUGCCACAAGUUUGCUUGCAGCCAAGCAGUGAUAAUGUCUAUAGCCAAAAGACACAAAUAUCUCCAGGAAAAGGCAAAUUCCCCUAAUUCACUGCGCAGGCCAAUUCUACUGAUACCAGCUGGAUUCUGAUGGUUCGUCUUUUGAAGUAAGAGCCAGCUCAGUGUGCCUGAAGGCCUUGGACCAGUGCGUUUAAUAAUUUAAAAAAAGAGAGAGACCAAUUUCAGGGACUAUGAAUCACACAAUGUUACAAGUAAGUGAUUAUUAAUAUCUUUUGUAAUUGUAGGGGUCAAUGUAUUUCCUGCAUAAGAAGCAUUUAUUUUCUAAUAGCCUAAUAGAUGCUUUGUUAUUUUUCCCUUCUGAAAUGAACAGAAUCUACCAGGAUAUACAAUAGUGAGGUGAGGGGUGGGCUGAUUUCCUCUUUGCCAAGCUUAGAGGUGAAUUGGCUUGACUGUUUUAUUGCUGUCUCAUCUCACUGAUAACACGGCUUCCAAUGGAAGGAAGCACAUUUCGUGUGUAACCUCUGCGCUACUGCUGAAUGCGUGCUACCCUGCAGCAAUGCUGAGUUACAGUGCAGCACCAAUAGUGGUAUGAAGAUUGGUAUGUCUUCACUGUGUUGCAGGACAGUAGUCAGCAAUUUGAGCAAGUAUCAAAUGAUAUUUGAGGCUUCCCCCUAAAAUAUUCAAAAUUUGAUUUUGCCAUUAAUAUCUGGUUGAUGUUCUGUCCUGGACUAUUCUUGUAGUAAAAUAAAUUUUCUUGAAAGAAUUGCA